AUGAAUAUCUCUCUCGCCACACUCUCUCUCUAUCUAUUAAUAUCUUUCUAUUUAUGUUCAUAUCUAUCUAUCUAUCUAUCUAUCUAUCUAUGUUUAUGUCUAUCUAGUUAUCUCUGUUCAUAUCUAUAUAUCUAUCUCAGUCUAUUCAUAACUCUCUCUCUCUCUAUCUAUCUAUUUACCUAUCUAUCUAAGUCUGUUCAUAACUAUCUAUUUAUCUCAGUGUUUAUUUUAAUCUCUCUGUUAUCUGUUUUCCUAUCUAUCUAUCUAUCUAUCUAUCUAUCUAUCUAUCUAUCUAUCUAUUUAUCUCUGUUCAUAUCUAGAUAUCUAUCUAUCCCAGUCUCUUUAUUUCUUUUUUCUUUCUUUCUUUUUUCUUUUUUCUUUCUUUUUUCUUUCUUUUAUUUGUCGCUCUCAUUAUCUAUCUAUCUAUCUAUCUAUCUAUCUAUCUAUCUAUCUAUCUAUCUAUCUAUCUAUCUCUGUUCAUAUCUACCUGUUCAUAUCUAUCUAUCUAUCUAUCUAUCUAUCUAUCUAUCUAUCUAUCUAUCUGUUUCUGAUUAUGUUCAUCUAUCUAUCUCUGUUCAUAUCUAUCUAUCUAUAUAUCUAUCUAUCUCUGUUCAUAUCUAUCUAGUUAUCUCUGUCCAUAUCUAUAUAUCUAUCCCAGUCUGUUCAUAUCUAUCUAGUUAUCUCUGUCCAUAUCUAUAUAUCUAUCCCAGUCUGUUCAUAUCUAUCUCAGUCUGUUUCUAUCUAUCUAUCUAUCUAUCUAUCUAUCUAUCUAUCUAUCUAUCUAUCUAUCUAUCUAUCUGCCUGUCUGCCUGUAUUCAUAUCUAUCUAGUUAUCUAUUUUCAUAUCUAUAUAUCUAUCUAUCUACAUAACUCUCUCACUAUCUCAGUCUGUUCAUAUCUAUCUAUCUAUCUAUCUAUCUAUCUAUCUAUCUAUCUAUCUAUCUAUCUAUCUAUCUCAGUAUGUUCUUAUCUAUCUGUCUAUCUAUCUAUCUAUCUAGCUAUCAAAAUAUGUCUAUGA